CUCGUGCACACGCCCCUCUUCACUCUCCAUCGCCUGUUCGAGCCAUUCCACUCCCCCAAGCACUGCCAUCUCUCUGCUACUGCUCCUCCUCCACUUCAUCCUGGUGAUACUCUGCCUACUCCUUGGCGAAUUGUCUUGUGACUUCUGACUCCUUCAAUCUUCCGAACAUCGCUCGACAAGGCCGGCCCUUCCUUUUUAGCCUUCGUCUCUCACUCCACCGCCGUUGUUCCGCCCCAUCCAUCUUCAACUUUCCCACCCUCAAUCUCUCCUCAUCCUUCGCGCAAACUUGCCUCCUCUCAUUUCAUCGUCGCAUUCCCUCUCGAUUCUCACUUGCUCUGCAAAGACUCUCCUGCCAGUGACAAACAGUCCAUCUCUCAGUAUUGCAAUCGCGUAUCGCGUAUCGCGGGGUCGAUACCGCUCACUGCCAGCCAUGGACCCCUCCCAGGGCUCCGUCUCCCGCGACCUCAAGGAUACCCGCGCCGCCAGCUCAACCAGCCUCGCUAGUGCCGUGUCCAACUCCUCCUCCUCCAACAAGCCGCCUGUCCUCGCCCAGCGAUCACCCUCCGUGUCCAUCUCUGCCGGUUCCGGCUCCACCUCCGCCACCAAGUCGGCUCAUCGCCAGAGCUUCGUCGAGGGCCUGCGCAAUGCGCCCUCCUCUCCUCGCUCCCAACGGCACCCCUCCUUUACCCAGGCCGCCUUACAGGAGCUGCUAAACCACCCACCUGCCGGAAACAAGCAUGCCAAUCCCCGAUUCGCUGGUCGCGAUUGGCGCGAUGUCUCCAUCGGCGAGCUCGUCUCUCCCGACGACAUCAAAUGGAUGGAGCUAGAUAGCAGCAUUGAAGAAGCCACCAAGCUGCUUCUCAAGAGCCCGACCAACGUUGUCCUCGUCCGUGAGGAUCCCGAUAGCCUUAUCGCAGUUUCCACCUUCGACUUCACCGACCUCAACGCCUACCUCCUCGUCGUCGUUGGUCUUGCCAAGCCCGACGAAGACCACCUCGAGUUGUUCAACUUCAUCCUGUCCAAGGCCCAAAAGGGCGAGAACAUUUCCCUCCGAGACGUCCAACCCCUCUUCCACAAGGAAUCAUUGGUCAAGCUGCCGGCAACUGAGGACCUCACCCAGGCCGUUCAAAUACUCGGUAGCGGAAUCCAUCGUUUGUUGGUGACAGCUCAAGAUGAUAAGGUCGUUGGCAUUGCCAGCCAGCUUAGAAUCGUCGAGUUCUUUUGGAACGAGGGCGUUAACUUCCCCAGCAUCGAGCGUUUGUACCCCGUUAUCCUCCGCGACUUGGGCAUUGGGACCAAAGAAAUCAUCUCUGUCAACUCCGACGCACCCCUCUCUGACGCCUUAACGCUUAUGAGCAACGAGGGCCUCACCAGCGUGGCCGUGGUCGAUAACGGUCUGAAUGUCGUGGGAAAUAUCUCUACCAAAGACGUCCGACACCUGACCAGCAGCUCAAACGCACAUCUCCUCAAUUUAUCGUGCAUGAACUUCGUCUCUGUCAUUCUCAACGAGCGGGGCGUCGAGAAGGGCCGGGACGUGUUCCCCGUCUUCUACGUCAACCCCUACUCAAGCCUCGCCCACACCGUCGGCAAACUCGUCGCCACACGAUCGCAUCGCGUAUGGGUGGUAGAAUCGGCAUCUCCUUCACCCUCGGCCCCCGCUACGCCUUUGAUAGGCCCCCAAGGCUUUACGAGCUCGGUGCCGCCGCCACCUCCUGCAUCAGGUGCGCCGCCGUCCCCGGUCCCCACUUCAGCCGUACCCGCCUCGGCCAUGGCUGGAGCACGCCUCUCGGGCAGACUGAGCGGCGUCAUCUCCCUCACAGAUGUACUCAACAUGUUUGCCCGGUCAACAGGGUUGAAUCCCUCGGACCCAGGGGAGCAGCGGGCACGGCGGCGACGUAGCUCCAGCAGCUCUGUACGACCCAGUCUCGACUCAUCACGAGCGAGCCUUGACAUCCGGCGAUGAUGAAUACCAAGAAUGUUACCUUCGACUAAACAACAGUCACGGACAUGUACUUGGUAGAAUCUAUUCCGGAGUUUGAGAGAUACUGGUUAUUGGGCACGAUUCGCCUAGAAGGAUCCAAGAUGCAGGCCAAGGCCAGGCUGAGACUGCCUCCGGUCGAUGAUGAAGCUGGAGCAGGAGACUCUGGAUUAUUUCCUAACUUGCUUGGCUGUGUCAUUUUUAGAGUGCGUACGCGGCACUUAUAUCGAACCAUUUCAGCACUCUCUAUCCUUCUAGUAGAGAAUAACGAACAAUGGGGCUCGAUAGGAAGUGUUUCCCGGCUCAUCUCUGACGGAUUUACUUGGAGGGACCAAGUUGCAUUUGAUGGCAUGAAGGAUGGUUACAUACCAGUUGGUUUAGGAAGCACUAGUAGUGUUGAUACUAAAGACGGCCAAUAUUCUUG